CCUACACAGUGAUUUCAGUAAAAGCACAAAGUUCCAUAGUUUACGCAACAAUACUACUUAUCCUGCGUAUGUUUGGAGCUGCCAAGCGCCAGUACUUGUCGGGGACUGGGGAAUGCGAUUCCAAGCUGCAUUGGCACUGGCGCAACAGUCCUGCCUUUCGUCUCUUCACUAACGCCGGUGCGUCCCAGCUGCAGUUCGCGUGUGUGCCUCAAGGUGGCGCCAGCCCUCCGCUUAUAUCCCUUGUACGCGCUUAUAAAGGUUUUUACGGUGAGCGAACUCUGCUACGGAACUUAAGUUGCUGUUCUGACAGAAGAUUUGUGGCGACAGCAGAAUGGGGACAGACUGAGAACUCUACAAACUCGUACCGAACGCAAAGACUGCACCGGCAGCAUUUUGGUUUGUAGUGCCCUUUAAUGUGGAAACCCAAAAUGGUCGAAUUUAAGCAGCAGAAGGUAGAAGAUUUUUACGACAUUGCAGACGAACUGGGGAGUGGACAGUUUGCCAUAGUUAAAAGAUGCAGAGAGAGGAAAACAGGAGUAGAAUAUGCAGCCAAGUUCAUCAAGAAACGCCAAAGCCCUGCCAGCCGCAGAGGAGUGAUUCGGGGGGAGAUUGAACGCGAAGUAGACAUCCUGAAGGAUAUCCAGCACCAAAACAUUAUCACUCUGCAGGAUGUCUAUGAGAACAAGACUGAUGUGGUCCUCAUCCUGGAGCUUGUUUCUGGUGGAGAGCUCUUUGAUUUUCUGGCUCAAAAGGAAUCACUUAGCGAGGAAGAAGCUACAAGAUUCAUCAAGCAGAUACUAGAAGGAGUUAAUUACCUGCAUACCCGCAAAAUUGCACAUUUUGACUUAAAGCCAGAAAACAUUAUGCUUUUAGAUAAAACAAUCCCAAUGCCACAUAUCAAACUGAUAGAUUUUGGCCUGGCACAUACAAUAGAGGAUGGGGUGGAAUUCAAGAAUAUUUUUGGGACUCCUGAGUUUGUAGCUCCUGAAAUAGUCAAUUAUGAGCCGCUUGGCCUGGCUGCAGAUAUGUGGAGCAUUGGAGUAAUUACCUACAUACUGCUCAGUGGGGCAUCUCCGUUUCUGGGAGAAAACAAACAAGAGACGCUGUCCAACAUUACUGCUGUAAACUAUGAGUUUGAUGAGGAAUUUUUCAGCCACACAAGUGAACUUGCUAAAGACUUCAUCAGGAAGCUUCUAGUAAAGGACACAAGGAAACGUCUUUCUAUUCAGGAAGCACUGCGCCACCCUUGGAUCACAACACUCCAGUCGAAAGAGGAAACGAAAAUACAUGGCACAAAAAGAACAGCUGUUCGCCAGCUAAAGACUAAGAGGCUAAAGGAAUACACUAUGAAAUCCCACUCCAGUAUGCCACCUAACAACACCUAUGUCAACUUUGAGAGGUUUGCACAGGUUGUACAAGAUCUAUCCAGUGCAGAGAAUGAAUUCAGCACAUUAGCCAUGAACUAUGACUCUUUACAAGAAGAUGUAGAGGCUCUUAUUUCAAUUUACAAUGAGAAGGAGACUUGGUAUAAGGAGGAGAAUGAGAAUGUUAGACAUGAACUCUCUCAAUUACGUUACGAAUACCGAAAGGUGGAAUCCAUGAAAAGGAGUCUUCAUUAUGACAUAUCCUCAGUGCAAUCUGGUCUUGGUAGCCUUUCUGGAAGAUACGCAGACCUGCAGUCACGGUAUGACAGUAUGAGACAGGAACUGUCUGAAGAUCUACAGCUGAUCCAGGAUUUAGUGGAUGGAUUCCAUGGGGAAGAUGCUGGAUACUGUGGUGGAAAUUUUGCAUCUGUGUUCACCAGGGACUUGAAUGAAUCUUUCAUGGACCUGCUUAAUGGCUCUUGCAGUCAGGAUCUUUUAGAGGGUCUAAAGAUUCAAAUAACUGACUCUCAGAUGUAACUAAAAUUUGUAAGAUCACCUAAAGCACUAACACAAGUAUACAACCAACAAAAUCCUCUAAAAUACCACUGCUUGGAUGUUUUUCUGUACGGCUGCAAACUACUAUGUUAUUUGAUCACUUAGUAUCCAGUAGCUGGUGGGAAGCUAUAGGGGGUAUUAGAAUUAAUAAAAAGUGCAGUUGCAGUAUAAGCUUGGAUACUGCUGCUAGACAUAGAAAUGUUUUUAUCUGCAUCCUUCUCCAUAUGGUACAGCUUUUAUUAUAAUGUUUUGCCCCAUUCUACCACACCAACCUGCAAAAGCCUUAAAAACUGUAUGCUGAUUUUACAAAUAUUAGCACAUCGAGAAGUACCAUUGUGGAAAGAUCCUAAAGACUAUUCUGCCUCAGGAUUCUGAAGAAGGAAAUAUUAAUACAGCAUUGUAUAUAAUGACUUGUUGGUAAAGGCAGCAUAAACAGGAAAUAGACUAUGUUUCUAUAUUAUUAGCAAGUAAUGUAAAAAAGGUUCUGAUUGUUUUAUAUCCUGCUAAAUAGUCUUUGCUUCUAAAACACAAUGAACAUGCUAGAAUAAUGGAAGUACAUUUUAAUUCAUGGGACGUAUUUUGUUCCAUACGUUUUUGGCCAAUAAAGAAGAGCCUAAAUUUGAAGAAGCACCUGUAAUAGAAAUCACCUGUCACUAGAGGUUACGGGUAGAUUUUGAUGUACAAAACAAUAGGCAAACAAUAGGUUCAGCAAAGGCACUAUUCACUGAGCUUGUGUUGAAAAAGGGGUAGACUUUAAUGGGGUUAUGUAAUAUAAGGCACCUAGUUUGCCCAGGCGCAUUAACCUAUAUCAAUCAAUCAGAUGAUAGCAUUUACUGGUCACAUGUUCAAAAGGUUGCUAUGGUUUACUGCUCCUGGGCAAAUGUAGUGCCUUUUAUUACAUAUGUGGAUAAGUGUUUAAACACAGGACAUUAUCACAGGUUCACACACAUUUAACAUACUGUUGCCAGCACUGACUCAGCACUUCACCUCCUUCUGGGAUACAAUGAUGCUCAUUAUCCAUUAUCCAUUAGCUCACAAAUGCCACACCCAUUGUGAUAAUAUACACACUUGCAUGGCAGAGUAUUUUCAUACCUUUUAUAUGCUUAAAAAGAUAGAAAAAUAGAUCUGUUCACACUAUGUUAUAAAACUUGAUCUUAAGGGUAGGAUGUUGUAGGGGUUUUGCAAACUGGAUUUCUCCCUACUCCUAAAUAUUACGUGUAUUAUGAGCGUCUGUUCAAACAAGGAUUCGCCUAGCAUAGUCCUAUUUAUGGGUUGGGGAGCCUGCCUAUGUGUAACCUAAUAUAUAAUUUUGUAUUUAUUUGCAUUUGGUCUCUUAUGCCCCCAAAAUUAAAAUUUUAGACCUCAUUUAUUAUUGUGGUACAUAGUUCAAGGUGCAAAAAAACAGGCAUGAAGUACAGAACACAGCCUGCACAGACUACUGGUCCAGCACAAGUGCUCUAUGCAUGGGGCAGUGGUUAAUGAGGCCCUUCACCUGCAGGUCUGUAACUGCAUAGGUUGGGACCACAUCCAGGCCCUGGAUCAUAAGGGGGCCCUAUGGACACUAGUAAUUUGACAUUUCAUCAAAGGACAAACUCAUAUUCCUAUAUUGUAGGGAUGUAGGUGGAUAGAACGGUAGGAUUAAGAAAAUAGUUGUAAUUAAUGAUAAUGAGGGGAUCUACCAUCAAAUUUUGCAAAGUUUAUGGGUCUCUGAAUGGGCACCUGCCUGCUUUAAUCUUUUUCUCUGUGGUUUAGUUUUUUUUGGUGGCCAGGGUUAGGUGUCAAAUAAAUAUCCAAUAUUGAAAAAUUUAACUUAACUUUAAGUUUUCCUCUCAUGCCCCUUUUUGCUGUAAUGGUCAGGGCAAGUGAUUUUCUGACAGCUUAGUGCAGCCCAGUGGAUCAAUGGAGUUGCAACAUGCUGCAGCUGCACUGUGCAUCCAUUCUCUGGGCUAACUCAUUGUACAGCGCUGGGGAAUAUGUUGGCGCUUUAUAAAUAAAUGUUAAUAAUAAUAAUAAUAACUCUGGUUUGCCAGUUAUAUUUUACCAACAUAAACAAAUAUAUAUUUGUAAAUGUUAAAAAUGGUAGGGUUUCCAUCAGUUCAUGUUUUAGGACUCUGGUCUCUUUGGAGAAGUGUCCCUGUACAUGGUCCCUGUCUGCAGCUAUUGACUCAAGAAUGUUUCUAUUUUGGCUCACCGUCCUACUCAUAUGCUGUAGAUAUCAUACUAAGAUAUUUAUUUCCAGAUUUUUUUCAUUAAAAGGAACUUUGUGGCUGUGACUUUGAGUAGAGAGUUACUGGAUCUAUAUAGGUGUCCAUGGAUUGCACUUUGAAAAUCUGGUAACCUUACUCUAUGACCUUUACUUGCUACCUUCAACUGCCCUGUGAGUUAUAGAACCCAAAAGCUUUAUCCAAGAAGUUAGCAAACACAAAUGGGGGAAUGUAGUAUAGGUGAUGAGAAUUAAUAUUCACAUUGCAAAAAUUUAGCUUUUCAACGAAUGUAAUAUACCUUUUAAAAUUACUUUGUCUUUCAUGCGACAUGAAAAUAAGGCUUCUUAAUGAAAAGUUAUUUUUGUGCUAACAAUUACACUGUCUUCAAGCAUGUCUUAAACAUUCGAAAUGCACAAUUAAAAUUUUCCAAUGCAAUAACAGUCUUUUAAUUCUUAUAAAUGUUUUCCAUUAGUAAAUUUUA